UCCCUCCCUUCCAAUCCCCAAAUCCUCUCCUCCUCUUCUCUCCUCGCUAUCUAGGGUUUACUGCUCCGCCUCCAUCGCCAUGCCCAAGCCCAAGGCCAAGGCCAAGCCCAAGCCCAAGCCCAAGGGGAGGAGACCGGCGCCUCCGCCUCCGCCCCCGCCCCCGCCCGCGUCUCCACCUCCGCCGACCACGAAUGUGAUCGACAUCACCUCGUCACCCGACGCCGCCAGCGGCGGCGGCAAGCGGGCGGCCGCCGUGGCGCUGCUCGACAUCGAACUCGACGGGAUCGAGAUAUGGACACCGCGCCAGAAGCGCCGCCUCGACGACGACUGCUGCAUCCUCGCCGCCGACCCGCUCGCCCACGACGUUGUCCCCACCGCCGCCGCCGACGCCAACGAUGACAUCGCGGUCGUCGCCGAGAGCGGCAAGGUGGCAUGCCGGGACUACCCUCAUCCCAGGUCUGUUUGUGCCAAGUAUCCCUUCCUCACCACAUCCCACGAGGACCAUUGCCAGCAGUGUUUCUGCUACGUAUGCGACGUGCCUGCCCCAUGCUCAACCUGGAAGGGAAAAAAGGGGCAUUGCCAUGCUUCGGACAAGGACAAGGAGUGGAAGGUCAAGAGAGUGGCAAGGCAGAGGCGAGCAGAAGUGACGCCGCUUACUUGAUGGAGAAAAUUAGUUGAUCAUGCCACCUGACGCAGGCCUGGUGUCGGCCAUUUUGCACUCACCGGUCGGGUUACUGCAGUAGCUUCAACUGUACAGUGUUACUCCGUAGAUUACUAUGGACCUAUAAUUACUCAUGCUCCAAUACUUGGUUCUUCGCAGUAAUAUAUAGUAUACGAUAUUUCUAUGGAGUAUCAUUAUCAGUAUCGUAUGAUAUAUGUAUGCAGUAUUAAUUAGUAUCCUUUUUAUUGUU